UUUCUAUUAAGUCAGGGAUGUGCUUGGAACUCACAGGACUUAUGUUCUGGUCUUGCUGUCAGGACGUUAGACAGCUCACAGUGAUUAUACUCUGGUCUUGUUGCUACUUAUAGCUAACUCACAGGUACCCUGAUCUAGGUUUUGGCCGGUUGAGAGAUAUGGGACGCUAUGGUCCCGAGUUCUCAACCCUUGUGUUUCAAGACUAGCCUUGAGACACGACACCAACUCCCUAGAUUUAUCUGUAAUUUGGACUUUUCGUCCACUUACUCCACAACCUACUACUACUUCUCCUUUCUCAGAGACAGGCCUAGUGACACACAUCCUGUUUGCUUCAAACUGUGAUGCAAUAAUGACCAGUCUGCACAGAGCUUAUCUAACAGCAAGGAGCUGUCGCCACAUCCUGUCAUCAUUACAAAGCACAGUUCAAAACAACACAUUCAGUCUCAACAGUAUUCUAAGCAAGCUUCAAGCAUCAGUAGUCAAACUGCACAUACUUUGAGAUUCAUAUAAGCCUGACAUGGGAAACUAAACGUCCCAGCUGAGGCACGCAGCUGAUCUGUGACGUCACUGCAAAGGGCGUUCGCGAGAUCAGAUGGGACGGUGUUACGUCACGUCACGUCCUCCAGGAAAGUUCAUUUCAGUUCACAGCAGCAGCAGCAGCCUCAGCCCGGUCUCCAUCCUCUCCUUUAUUCGCCUUAAACACUGACAGCUGAUCAUUUGUUGAGCUUCACUGUCAGUUUGUUCCAACAUUUAACUUCCAGUUUCUCAGUGACGGAGUUUAAACAACUCAUUUCUCUGCGUAGUGACAAGAUGGCGCUGACAGCUCUGACCCUUCUCCUCCUUCUCCUGCCUGGAUCAACGCGUGGAGACGAACCCGGUGUCGUCAAAGUGUUCGUGCAAGAAGACAGCGAUGCCAUCUUGCCCUGUUCCCCCAGCACCAAGGAGAGCCUCGUAUUUAAAACGUUCGACUGGAUAAAGGAGAAUGACCGUCAGAGGGACGUGUUCUUGUAUCAGUCAGGCGUUACUAAAACCGGAGCCGACAAGUUCAAAGAUCGAGUUUCAUAUUUUACCGAUGAACUGAAGAACGGCAACGCCUCCAUCAUCAUCGGAAAUGCAAAGAUGGAGGACAGUGGAAACUACACCUGUAUUUUUCUAUAUCUUGUACCACGGGAAAGUUUCCACGUUGAGCUUGUUGUUGAACCUGUUCUUAAAGACAGAUAUGGAAAAAUAGAAGGAGCUUCUUCAAAGCCACACAUCAUGAGAGUUAAUGUCACAGAGGACGGGGUCCAGCUGCACUGUCUUGUUCAAGGUGCUUUUCCAAAACCUGAAGUAGAGUUCCAGGACAGUGCUGGAAAAGUCCUUCCUGCUGAGGAGCCUCAGGUCUUAGAAAGCGGACAACGUUACACCGUGACCCUCAUCACCACUUUGACCAAGACCGACGACUUCCGCUGUGUCGCCAAGCAGAAGGAAAUCCUCCAUGAGACUUCUGCUGAGAUCUACGUGUCUGUCCGUGACAAACACGUGGACGUCACAGGAUGGUUUGUUGGAUUCUUCUUCUUGGGAGUUUUCUCACUUGCUGCAGUUCAAGCUUUGCUUGUACGUACAAAGCACAUCAAAAUACAAUUUAUUAAAGGUCCUUGUCAGCAGACAAAGAGUUCUGGUGAUUUCUUAUAAAGGUUCUCCUGAAGCUAAUUUACCACUUAAAUCACCUGCUUGAUGCUGCAGCUUCAUCAUUAACGUGACAAUCUGCAGCCUGAAUGAACAUCAGGCUCAACAAAGAUUCAACAGGUUUCACAAUCUUUUGUGUGGACGAGCUCUGUGUGUGACUUUGAAUGUUUUUCUUUGCUUUAACUUAACCAUCAGUAUAUCUCAUUUAGCUAUCAACUGCUGUUAAGGCCAUAGCACUUAAAUGAAGACAAAGGUGUAUACAGUGGUCCCUCGUUUAUCGCGGGGGAUACGUUCUAAAAAUAACCCGCAAUAAACGAAAUCCGUGAAGUAAGUUUUACAAUUAUUAUACAUGUAUACAUAUGUAUAUG